AUGGCUACCCCCAAAGACAACAUCAGCUUGCACGUCGAUGAGACCCUCUCAUAUAGUGUCAAGCACGGACUGGAAUGGCAAGACCCCAAAGACGGAGAGUUUUUAGUCGAGACAUACUUCUCCGGAGCGAACCCAUCGGACACAAAGCAUGCCACCGAUAUGGGGAUAUACCCUGUCGUUCUCGGCUAUGACUACUGCGGAAAAGUCCUCAAAACACCACCCAACUCGCCCUUUCAGCCUGGCCAGAUCGUGGCGGGGUACACUCAGACCGGAUUAGGCCGUCCAUUGAGAUACGGCACCCACCAGAAAUACCUCAGCGGCGUUACGGAGACAGCAUUCGUUGUGCCCGAGAACCUUCCUAAACAGCAUGCUGCCUGCCUAGGCGUCGUGACCAUGACCGCGUCGGAUGCGAUCUUCAAUCACUUCCAGAUCCCUCUGCCGACGGAGCCUGCUCAGAAUCUCGGACCUCUUCUCAUCUGGGGAGUAUCGACUAGCGUUGGGAUCUCCGCUCUCCAACUCGCCCGUGCUAGCGGAAUCAGCCCUAUUUUCGUAACGGCCUCGCCGGAAAGACAUGCCUUGCUACGCGAGCUGGGCGCCACGCAUUGCUUCGACUAUAAGUCUCCCACCGUGGUCUCCGAAAUCAAGGAAGCGCUGAAGACGACCGAGUCUGGUGCCUUCCGCUACGCCCUCGAUGCCAUAGGAGCGCGUCAAGACGGAGGUUCCGCGCAAUCGAUAGCGGCUUGUUCUUCCGAUGAGACGGCCCUGGCCUCUGUCGUGGUUCAGUUCGACCCACGGUUCAAGUUACCCCUUGCUGCGCCGAAUCAGGAUGUCAGUGUGCAGAUUCAGGGCAUUCCUCAGCCUAUUACGAUUCCUGCGCGCUAUGCUGAUUAUGAGCGCGCGUGGAAGGGAGUGCUGUGGGCUGCUGAGAACUAUGGGAAGCAAUUCCGGUUCCCGUCCGUUAAGGUGUUCAAGGGAACCGCGGAGGAGGCAUUAGAGGAAUUGAAGGUUGUUGGAGAUCAUGGAAGAGGGUUUGGGAAGUUGGCUCUGCAGCAUCCAUUGUAG